UGUUUUUUGUUUGAAAUCGAAAUCAAAUUUCUUCAUCAUUUGAUUUGAAAGAGCGCAACAUAUUUGUGUUCUCUACUAUAUUUGAUUGAAUUCUAAAAUAAUUUUCGAUUAAAAUGGCAAUGAGAACAGUGCCCUUCAAUAAAUUCAUCAAUUGUACUGAGAAGUGUUGGUCGAAAUACAUUAACGGCAAGCUAGAAUGUGAUUGUGGAAGUGAUAUACGAAUUAUUGAAUGGUUUUGGGAAAAAGAUGAAGGUGAAAGUAAUUUCCACCUUGAUCCAAAAAAUUUUAUUGUUACUUUUCAUCCGGUUUACAGUUCUGGCACCUCUGUUGUACGAGGUAGUACACCUUUCAAACAAAAUAUGCACUAUUAUUGGGAACUGAAGAUGAUUUCGAAAUUAUAUGGUACAGAUGUGAUGAUAGGUGUAGGCACAAAAGAAGGAUUACAGAAUUUCACAAAUUAUAGAUUUAGAUUCUGUAGUAUGCUGGGAUUAGAUGAUCAAACAUGGGGUUACUCUUACCAUGGAAAAAUUCAACAUGACAAGUUAACAAGAAUAUAUGGGGAAAGCUUUGGGUUGUCUUCUAGAAUUGGCGUGCAUUUAGACAUGUGCUCUGGAAAGUUAGAAUAUUAUAUUAACAGAAAACCAUUAGGUGUAGCUUUUACUGGUUUGAAGAAGAAGGAAUUAUAUCCCAUGGCUUGUGCGACUGCUGCUCAGUCCUCCAUGAGAUUAAUUUGUUCUGUUUCACAAGAAGAAACUCUGCAGAUGUUAUGCCUCAAAUGUGUUCAUCAGAAUUCAUAUCUGUAUGAAAAAUACUCUUCUAUACCAGGUCUUUACAAGUUAUACAGCCAGAAGUACUUUUGGAUGACUCCCAGUAUAGCAUGUAAAAAAGUUAGUAAGGAGCAAGAAGAAGAAGAGCUCUAUUAUCUAGCAAUGAAUAAUAACUCCGCAAAAAGGAAACAAAAAAAAAAUUUCCUUGUAACACCUAGGUCAAAUAAGAAAAGUUCAUCAAAACAUGCACGCUCCUCAAGGGAAGGAAAUUUUUCUGCGCGCUCCAAUAGACCAUUGCCUUUAAAAAUGGAUUUUGAAUUUGUGCAAGAUAGCAGCGUGUUGAGAUUUCUAUCUCAUGGUACCCUUAAUCAUUCCGAGGAUUCUGAUAGUGAUUGAACUUUUCCUGUCGAUAUUGGUGUUUUGAAUUGUUGAUCUCAAUAAAAUGAAUUGUAAGUUUUCUUGUUGACAAGUUUUUAAUUUCAUCAUUUGUGAAUUUGAAAUUAUAUACUGGACUUGUUUUCUCACCAAUCUUCUCGAAUAUAUUCGUUGAUUAAAA